GAUGAUGUUUCGCCCAAUGAAGAAAAAAUUGCUCUAAAAGGACAGUCCCAUAAUUUAAUUGAAAUUUUUUCAAACUCGAGUGCGAUUAUCUAGCCCAUAUUUUUAUCAGUUCAAACAUGGUCUCCUAAGUUGAUAAGUUCAUAAAAUUAUUGAAACCACCUAGCGUCAAAAUGAAGAAUUUGUCCAAGUUCAGUUCAAUUUAAGUGAUCUUUUAAAAAAAUUGCAAAAAUUGCAUAGCCACGAACGAUCAAACACAUCAAAAAAUGAACCCCUCACCGCACAUCUUUCCCAUCCUCCUCGUAGGAUUCACAUUGCUAUACAAUCUGCCCACAACCUCAUCCACCCAAGACUUCGAAGAACUGACAAAAAGUCCGUAUUUCGUAGACAAAACAUACAUGUUGAAACUAUUCUUCUCUCUGUACGACCUCGAUCGAUACCUGAUGGUCACCGCUCCUCGUAAAUUCGGCAAAACCGUCAAUUUAAACAUGAUCAAACGAUUCGCUCAAAUGGAAUUCGAUCCAAAAACCGAUCUUCGACUGCCCAAAAACCAAACCUCCAGUUAUCGUCUUUUCACCAAUAAAUCGCUGAAUCUGCAAAUCUCCCAAUACCCUGACUUGAUCGAGAAACAUUUAGCCGAAUACCCGGUGCUUUAUUUCGACAUGAAAUUCAACUUACAACCAAACAGUACGACAGACGAUAUCAUGGCGCAGCUUCGAGUUUCUGUGCAGAAUGUUUACAAAGAAUACAAAUGGGUUUAUCACAAACUCGUGGAACAAUUCGACGGAGAGAAUAAAGAACGUAAGGCUAAACUAGACUAUAUGAAGAAAGCUUUGGACAAUACGUUGGAUCCGAUCGAAUUAGCUUGGUGUAUUCGCGAAUUGAACUUCAUACUUUACGAGUAUUUCGACAAAAAAGUGGUAUUAUUAAUAAACGAUUACGAUUCGGUGAUGAACGACGUGAUAUUCAAUCCGGGGCCAAAUAUCACCGAUUAUUACAGACGCGUCGGUCAUAUAUUUUACUACGCUUUGAGGUAUUACGAAACAUUGGACGCUGUAUCGUAUUGCAUUGUGAGUGGCAUCAGCGAAAUACCUUUCCGAGCUAAUUGCCCGAAUUUCUUCGAGAUCCAGCUGGACGGAUUUCUACGCGGUCAUGAUCUAGCCACUUGUCACGGAUUCACCGAAGAUGAAGUGCACGAGUUACUCGAUCGUCAUAAAAUCCAUCCCAGUCAACGUGAUCCCAUUCGAGACCAUUAUAACGGAUUCUUCAUCGAUCGUUCCCAAGUCAGGAUGUACAACCCCUACGACAUCGUUUCAUAUCUGAGCGAUAAAAAUCGAGCAGAUAAUAAAUUCCCCAAAUACUGGAUUAAAACCAGACCUGCCAAGUUCCUGUUGCGUAUCUUGAGCGCUCCCUUAUUCCGAACAAAUUUUGUAGAAUUGUUGCUCGAAGAACAAGUGUACUUCAAACGGCCAGGUUUGGUAUUCGGUGACGAAGUAGCCGAGCUAAUGCUGACAGCCGAAUACGAAUGGGAAGGUAUAGGCGAACAUGAGUUAAAAGUGGUGUAUUAUUUCCUCUACGAACAUGGCUAUCUUUCUCAUACACCUCAUCGAAAAAUUUACAAAGUCUCCAACCCCGAAGUACAUCAAGAAAUGUCGUACUUUGUACGUAAAUGGUUCAUGAUAAACACCAAUGUUACAACCCAGCACUACGAUUCGAUCGGAGAUCGGUUCAGUGAUAUUUUACAAAUGGAAAAGGUAUCUCAGAAAGCCCUGGAUGAUUUAAGUUCUACUCUCAAAGAGGCAUUCCACGGAGUGCAUUAUAAUAAUUGCGCCUUCAUAAACAAAUUAGACCUGAAGGAAUACGACUACAGGGCGAUAAUAUACUCGGCGACGAUUUGGCAUAAGAAAGUUCGAGUAAGUGGCGAUAUUAAAGUGAUUACGACUGAUUUGGCAAAUCCAUUACCUCAUCUAGUCGUAUACAACAAACAACGAGAUGUCAUCGUAAUGCACGUCCAUUACGACGUUCCGGCAGAAAAAGCCUUGAAAAAGGCCAAAGCGUACUAUCUUCACGGAGACGAAAAAAUCAGAAGCAAGAAAUUCUUGGGUAUUAAUGUCAGGCCGGAUUUCCAAGUAGAUGUCGCAUUCGAGGAUCCGAAAUUUACUACGACUACUGUAGCCUCUUCUACUUCUAAAAGACAACAAUGAUUCGACAUUUGAAGCGAUGAAGAUCCAUUAAAUUUGAUCGUUGAAACAGUAUUUUUUAAAAUUAUAAAAUGAUCGAAACCUUAUUUUUUGUAAUAAUUCGCAAUAAAAUUUGUAAUUUUAGACGUG